UCUAUGCACCUUUAUUUUCAUUCGCACAACAUUCGUCAUGUCCUAUUCAGUGGAAUAGGACACCAUUCAUUCAUCAUCGUUGGUUAUUCGUUGUGCAUCGCAAAGAUAACGAGCUCAUCUUCCAAGGAGCAAACUGCUGUCAUCAUUAGAAAUUAGACAUUUCAAAACUUCUUUCAAAUUCAUUUCAUUCGAGCCUCACUUGCGUCGUCAAACGGUUCAAGAGUAGUUUAAGUAGUGGAGGCGAGUGGGGAAGAAUUUUGUAGCAGUGGGUGGAGUCAACAUAUGGGCUCAACCAACAAUCAAAUGGAAAACGCCAACAUUCCGCCAGAGGAAAACAAUUUGGGGGACGGAGAUGCUGUAAUGGAGCUUAUCUUAGAGUUUCAGGCCGUGUCUGGCAUGGAGGACAUGGAUGAGUCACGAAGAAUCCUUGAAAGACACAACUGGGAUCUACUUUCAGCCAUUUCUAGUCACUUAGGCUUUGAAAAUGCAGCUCCUGCUGACCAUAUUGAACAUCAAGUGCGUGAUGACCCAUCUCCUCCAACUCCUCCCCCCAUGAUGGGGCCUGGACCAUCAAAUCAGCUGGCUGCACCUGGGGGAAGACCAAAUCCUGGACGGCAAGGAGGGGGUGGCCUCUUAAACUGGGUGUGGGCACUCCUUACGCGACCAAUGGAGAUGGUGUUUCAAUUUGUAUGGGAUGUGAUUGGGUUUGGCCUAAGAUUUCUUAAUUUAAGAACCGAUCCAAGAAGAGCCAUUACGAAUCCUGUCCAAGACAUUGUAGAAUUCCUCACAGAAUAUGAAGCAAAGUUUGGAACUGAACAUCCGAAUUUCUAUCAAGGAAGCUAUGGGCAAGCUCUGGCCGAUGCUAAGAAAGAACUGAAAUUUCUCUUAGUUUACCUUCAUUGCAAAGACCACCUGGAGACUGACAUGUUUUGCAGAAAUGUAAUGCCAAACAGAGAUUUCAACGACUUUGUCCGUGAAAACAUGUUGUUCUGGGCCUGUUCAGUUUCCAAGCCUGAGGGCUACCGAACCUCCCAAGCGUUGAGAGAGAAUACGUACCCAUUCUUAGCUCUUAUUGUUCUAAAAAAUAAUCGAAUGACAAUUGUGAAAAGAAUUGAAGGAGAAACAGAUCCUUCGGUGGUGCUCCCUCGACUUCACCAAGGUGUUGCUGACAAUGAAGCUUUCCUUGUCGCUGCAAGACAGGAUCGCUAUGAACGGAACAUGACACAACAUUUACGUCAGCAGCAGGACGAAGCCUACUUACAAAGUUUAAAAGCCGAUCAGGAAAAGGAGAAACGAAAGCAAGAGGAAUUAAAGAAAUUACAGGAAGAAGAAAUGGAAAAACAACGCAAAAUCGACGAAGAAAUUCAACAUAUUGAGGAUAUUAAACGACAGAAAAAGGAAGCUGGUGAAGCACUGAAGAUGGAACCCCCAGCCGAUCAUCCCGACACUAUCCGUACCAUAAUUAAGCUUCCAAAUGGUACAAGACUGGAACGACGUUUUCUAAAAACAGAUUCAUUAUCGCAUCUCUACCAGUUUGUCUUUAGUCAUGCCGAAGCACCCAACAAUUUUGAUAUCGCCACAAACUUCCCCAAGCGCAGUCUUCCUUGCAAGACGACGUCCAAAAGUAAUCCAACUCCUCCGACAUUCAUGGACGUUGGGUUAGGAAAAAAUGAAAUGUUGUUUGUAUAUGAUUUAGAAUCAUAGUUUAAUAGUUUUAAUCAUCGUAAUAGCUUAAUCGUCACCACCAUAUAUUUUCAAUCCCUGAUAUCUCAAUUAAUUAUUAUCAACAUCAUUAUUCUAACAAUUCAUUUUCCACUCAUUUUAAUUUCGUUUUCGUGCGCAAUUUUAUUAUUCGUAAAAUGAAUCCCAAUUUUUAUCAUAAAGAAUAUUUACUAGAUAUUCUCUUCGUAUCGUCGUAUAUUAUUAGUAAGAUCAAUUCUUGAAACGUGUUUAUCGACGUCAUCGCAUUGUAUUGUAUCCAGCAUGUUGUUUUUAAUCAAUCAAUGGUGGAUGAGUGGAAAGAGCGAAUAUAAUAUAUUAUGAAGGAAUAUGUGCAAUUGUACCUUUUGUGGUAUUUUUAUUUACAAUAUAUUUUGUCAGUUGUCACUUAGGGACUGUGCAGAAAGCAUGUGAUCAAUUUGAGGGGGUAUCUUAUCCUUCCCAUGUUAAUAACAUGGGACAUAUAGGUCACACCAGGGGGUAGGGGUCAAAAUUCUCCGAAAAUCGAUCGCAUGUUUUAUGUACAGCCCCUUACAUGAAAGUCGAACUAUUAAAACGAAUAAAUAAAUAAAAAUUGUUUAUUGUAA